CGGGGCGCGGGCGCCGUGCUCUCGCUGCUGCAAUUCGUCGAGCUUUCACCGGCCUCGCUCAGUAAGGACAAUCUGCUUGUGUCAUCUGAGGAUUUGAAGGCAACCGCGUCAAUAGAGAAGUCGGAAGAUACGAAACGCGGGAUCGGAUGGUUUGUUGCAGCGCUAUUCAUUCUGGCUGACCUGGUCGGUGGCGGUGUGGUGGCAAUGCCGGCUGCUUUCGUGCAAACAGGGCUUGUCUGCGGCAUACUGUUUAUGACAACAAUUUGCGGGGUAUUUUCGGUGACCGGAUAUCUGCUCGCUGAUACAUGGGAAAUUAUGCGUGACCGAUGGCCCGAGUACCGCAUGCAUUGCCGCAAGCCAUUCCCAGAAAUGGGACUUCGAAGUAUGGGAAAAAAAAUGGAGAUCGCAACUCAGUUGCUCGUUUUUUCGUCAUUGUUCGGUUCCACAGUUGUGUUCCUACUUCUCUCGUCCAAAAUUUUUCAAAAUUUUCUCGCCAAUUUCCAUGUGAACAUUCACUUCUGCAUACUCCUUAUCAUUGUUGCUGGAUCUGUAUUACCAUCCACAUUUCUCAAAUCUCCUGCUGAUUACUGGUACGUCCUGCUUCAGCUGUUUGGCCUUCGAGGGAGCGGAGGCAAGGAGCAGAUGCUUUACCCAUGA